GAGCAACAGAAGCCAAUAACAAACACCUGAGACAGAACUGAGGAAGAAAGUCAGCUGUUUCUCUGUUUGUUGUUGUCUCUCGUCUAGUGAUUGUUUCUUCCUUUAGCCCGUGUGGAACGACUCAGUUUCCAUGGCGACUCGUCGGCUUGUUGAGGUCUAUUUGGACCUCGUGUCGCAGCCCUGCCGAGCGAUACACAUCCUGCUCAACUGCAACAACAUUCCGCACACGGUCCGCAGCGUGGCGUUGAGAAAAGGAGAACAGAGGACUCCAGACUUUACGAAGUUGAACCCUAUGCAGAAAGUUCCUGUCAUGGAGGACAACGGCUUCGUCCUUACUGAGAGUGAUGCUAUCAUGAAGUACCUGGCCACCAAGUAUGACAUUCCGGAGCACUGGUACCCCCGUCAACCAGAGAGACGAGCCAGAGUGGACGAAUACACAGCCUGGCAUCACACUAACACACGACCCCACGCUGCCAGAGUCUUUAUACUGGAGGUGCUCCUCCCAGCUCAGACAGGCUCUCAUGUUGACGAGGUGCGUUUGAAUCGUGCUCUCUCUCAGCUCCAAGACACUUUGGACAAACUGGAGUCCAUGUUUCUCCGCCGACAGCCUUUUCUCUGCGGUGAUGACAUCACUGUGGCCGACCUCCUUGCCGUCUGUGAGCUCAUGCAGCCUAUGGGAGGAGGAAGAGACGUCCUGCAGCAGCGUCCUCAGCUGCAGCACUGGAGGAGCAGAGUUCAGUCCGCCGUUGGAGAGUCCUUUGACAAAGCGCACGCUGUCCUGUACGCUGUCAGAGACCGCCGCGAAUCCAAGCUGUGAAAUCAUCACAGGGGGACGGCUAACAGAAGUGACACAGGAAAGCAGGUCCUGAUGAAGUAGAGUGACAGGGUGAUUCGUUUGGAAACAAAGAGAGAAGGAUGAUGGUAAUGAAGAUUACAGGUGAUGUUCAGGUGUUUGAUCUCUCCUGUGGACUCACUUCUUCUUGAUUCAACCUUUAAUCAGUAAUCGGAGAGUAAACCAGAGUCACAAGCACGUUUCCUGCAUAAUCAGAUUAUCAGAUGGUGUGUUUUUAAUCACUGACUUAUUUUAUUUUAAAAACAUGCCCGACUCACUUAAAUCUUUGAAGCCGUUGAAGAGUAAAAGAAAAUCAAAUACAAGAUAAAACAUAGGCUAAAAUACAAUAAGCCAUAUUGAACCGAAUAAAAAAUAACAGUGCAGUAAGAGAAGCAUAGAGACUUUUUAAUUUAUCGUGUGAGUUAGAAGCUUUGAUUGAGCAGAACCUGCUGUUUGUUUGAAGUCUUUGAAUCAUAAAAAAAGGAACGCUGGUUCUCCAGGUUUUGUCUGGACUUUGGAGGCAGAGAACAAAACUGAGCCAAGACCAGCUGAGGGGUCUGUGGCCUGUUGCACAGCUCUGUUUAAGUUUUGUGUUAAGAUUGGGUGCAAAGUCUACAUUAAACCCUACGUUCGGUUGAAACUAAAUCAGUUAGUUUGUAACUUAUGUUGUGUCAUUGUUUGGUUGCACCACAGAGACGUAAAGCUCAUCUUAACUAGUAGAGCGUAGCACCCAAACGAACCAAAAUAUUGUUGCAGAAAUGAUAAAUUCUGUUUUUGGUUCAUGUGACCAAUCAGUUAAAAACCUUUCUCUCAAUGCAGUGCUUAUUGAAGGGUAACCUUUCGUGCCUAAGUAUCUCUGCACUGACAAAUGUCUGAAAUUAACAUCCGUUAACUGCCAUUAAUCAACAAAAUGUCCGUAGAAUAAAAUGGCACAUAAUGAUUUGAUGAAAACCAAUUUCGAAACCCUUCAGCAUUAAAAAAUAAAAUGAUUUUUAUUGAGAUUUACGGGGAUUGAGUUUGCCAAAAAACAAAUCAUGAUGCAGGUAUGUAAAGAAGUAAAUAUGCAAGCUUUGUUAGGUGUCAAGAGAAGAAGACAAACACUUUUCAAAUGCUUGUUUGAUGGAUGGAGGUCGGUUCAUUUCAUGUGCCUUUCAGGUAGUCAGUGAAACUAAACGCGAAUUAGCUUAAACAACACGGCGUGAAGCUGAUUCAUGGCUCAAGUUGAAAUGUUUGAUCUGUAUUAUGGAUUGUCAGCUGCACUUUUAUCCAUAUGUGUUUAUUGAGAUCAAUAAAUCAUCAUUGGAUUACCAGUGAUGGGAGUUGGUA